UGUAGCACUCUGCGCGCCAGCUCGUAGGCCUUCGCCUCCGACUUUCUGCCUCCGCUGCCACCCACGCCGCCGCCGCCGCCAUGAGGGAGAUCGUGCACCUGCAGGCAGGCCAGUGCGGCAACCAGAUCGGCGCCAAGUUUUGGGAGGUGAUCAGCGACGAGCAUGGCAUCGAUCCUACCGGCACCUACCAUGGGGACAGCGAUCUGCAGCUGGAGCGGAUCAACGUGUACUACAACGAGGCCACCGGUGGCAAGUACGUGCCCCGAGCUGUGCUCGUGGAUCUGGAGCCCGGCACCAUGGACUCUGUGCGCUCGGGGCCCUUCGGGCAGAUUUUCAGGCCGGACAACUUCGUCUUCGGUCAGAGUGGUGCCGGGAACAACUGGGCUAAGGGGCACUACACAGAAGGGGCGGAGCUUGUUGACUCCGUGCUGGAUGUUGUGAGGAAGGAGGCGGAGAGCUGUGACUGCCUGCAGGGCUUCCAGCUGACCCACUCCCUGGGUGGGGGGACUGGGUCCGGGAUGGGGACCCUCCUCAUCAGCAAGAUCCGAGAGGAGUACCCCGACCGCAUCAUGAACACCUUCAGCGUGGUGCCCUCACCCAAGGUGUCAGACACCGUGGUGGAGCCCUACAACGCCACCCUGUCAGUCCACCAACUCGUAGAAAACACAGAUGAGACCUAUUGCAUAGAUAACGAGGCCCUGUAUGACAUCUGCUUCCGCACCCUGAAGCUGACUACGCCUACCUACGGUGACCUCAACCACCUGGUGUCAGCCACCAUGAGUGGGGUCACCACCUGCCUGCGCUUCCCGGGCCAGCUCAAUGCUGACCUGCGAAAGCUGGCUGUCAACAUGGUCCCUUUCCCCCGCCUGCAUUUCUUCAUGCCCGGCUUUGCCCCGCUGACCAGCCGGGGUAGCCAACAGUACCGGGCACUGACAGUGCCUGAGCUCACCCAGCAGAUGUUCGAUGCCAAGAACAUGAUGGCCGCCUGUGACCCGCGCCACGGCCGCUACCUGACCGUGGCCGCCGUCUUCCGGGGCCGCAUGUCCAUGAAGGAGGUGGACGAGCAGAUGCUGAACGUGCAGAACAAGAACAGCAGCUACUUCGUGGAGUGGAUCCCCAACAACGUGAAGACAGCCGUGUGCGACAUCCCGCCUCGGGGGCUCAAGAUGUCCGCCACCUUCAUUGGCAACAGCACAGCCAUCCAGGAGCUGUUCAAGCGCAUCUCCGAGCAGUUCACGGCCAUGUUCCGGCGCAAGGCCUUCCUGCACUGGUACACGGGCGAGGGCAUGGACGAGAUGGAGUUCACCGAGGCCGAGAGCAACAUGAACGACCUGGUGUCCGAGUACCAACAGUACCAGGACGCCACGGCCGAGGAGGAGGGCGAGUUUGAGGAGGAGGCAGAGGAGGAGGUGGCCUAAAGCUGUCUGGUAGCCGGUAAAGCGUGGAAGCCGUGUGAACUCUUUAUUCACUCACAACCUGUUCUCUGAUAGCCUUGUCUCCUUGUGUGUGUAUUUGUUCUUCCUGUCUUGACAUCACAUGCUGUACAGACACCACCAUUAAAGCGUUUUCAUAGUG